AUGACUGCGGAGGUUCUCUCGCAGCCAAACGGCGUCGUCGCGAACGGCGACCUGAACGGAAUCCCUAACAACAACGCCUCCGCUGCCGCCAAGAAGUCGAGGGAGAGCGAGCGACGCCGUCGCAGGAGAAAGCAGAAGAAGAACAACAAAGCCUCUCAGGCGCCGGAGUCCAGCGCCGGCGAGACUGACGAUGACGUCAAGGAGAAUAAUGAUACCCAGCAGAUUAUUGAGCAAGUUCAAAUUGAAUAUGUUCCAGAGAAACCUGAGUUAAUUGAUGGCAUGGAUGAGGAAUUCAGAAAAAUUUUCGAGAAAUUCUCCUUCCAGGACUCUGAGGGUGUUGAGGUGGAUAAGAAGGAUGAGUCUGAAGGAGUCCCCAAAAAGAAGGCUGACUCAGAUUCUGAAGAGGAAGAGCAGGAUAAUGAACAAAAAGAGAAAGGAAUAUCAAACAAGAAGAAAAAGCUUCAACGGAGAAUGAAGAUUGCAGAAUUGAAACAGAUUUGCCAAAGGCCUGAUGUUGUUGAGGUGUGGGAUGCAACUGCAGCUGAUCCUAAGCUGCUGGUGUUUCUAAAAUCAUAUCGCAAUACUGUACCCGUGCCAAGACAUUGGUGUCAGAAAAGGAAAUUUCUGCAGGGUAAACGUGGUAUUGAGAAACAACCGUUUCAGCUUCCAGACUUCAUUGCUGCUACAGGAAUUGAGAAAAUUAGACAGGCAUAUAUUGAAAAAGAAGAUAGCAAGAAGUUGAAGCAAAAACAACGGGAGCGUAUGCAACCAAAGAUGGGGAAAAUGGAUAUCGAUUAUCAGGUUCUCCAUGAUGCAUUUUUCAAGUACCAGACUAAGCCAAAGUUGACAACUCUCGGUGAUCUGUACCAUGAAGGGAAGGAAUUUGAGGUGAAAUUGAGGGAGAUGAAACCAGGCAUGCUUUCACAUGAACUAAAAGAAGCUCUGGGUAUGCCAGAUGGUGCUCCUCCCCCAUGGCUCAUCAAUAUGCAGAGAUAUGGUCCUCCACCAUCAUAUCCACAUCUGAAAAUUCCCGGGUUGAAUGCUCCUAUCCCUCCUGGAGCCAGCUUUGGGUACCAUCCUGGUGGCUGGGGAAAGCCUCCCGUUGAUGAAUAUGGCCAACCGUUGUAUGGAGAUGUAUUUGGCGUUCAGCAACAAGAUCAGCCCAAUUAUGAGGAGGAGCCUGUUGACAAGACAAAGCAUUGGGGUGAUUUGGAGGAAGAGGAAGAGGAGGAAGAAGAAGAAGAAGAGGAAGAGGAAGAACAGCCUGAGGACGAAGAUUUAGAGGAUGGCAUUCAAUCUGUAGACAGCAUGUCAAGUACUCCCACUGGCGUUGAGACACCUGCUCAAAUUGAACUUCGCAAGGAUCAGAAAAAAGAACCUGAAAAGCCUUUAUACCAAGUACUUGAACAAAAAGAGGAAAGAAUUGCUCCCGGGACACUUCUUGCAACGGGUCACACGUAUAAUUUGAGUGGCACCCAAGACAAAGCAGGGGCCAAAAAGGUUGAGCUGCUUAGAGGUCAGAAAGCAGAUAAGGUGGAGGUCACUAUACAACCCGAAGAAUUGGAUGAUAUGGAGACCGUUUUGCCUGCAAAGUAUGAAGAAGCGAGGGAGGAGGAGAAGCUGCGAAGUCAGAAGGAAGAUUUCAGCGACAUGGUCGCAGAGAACGAGAAGAAGAGGAAACGUAAAAUGCAAGAGAAAGAAGGGAAAAACAAGAAGAGGGACUUCAAGUUUUAGGCUCUACCGGUGUUGUUAUUACGAAUUUUUUUUUUCUGAAGGCCACCCUGAUGUUGAGAUUUUGGUGCCGGUGUUUGAAACUUACCGAGAAAUAUGAUACGUUUGCUCCGUUGGUAGCACUUUGAUACACAUCUAGUGAUCUGUAUCGUAAUAUAGUCGAUCACCUUUUGUCAUGUUAAUCCGUAUUUGUUAGAGACUCAAGAGUAAAUCAAAUCGAAAAUAAAUUUAGUGGUCUAUGUGAAUCCCACAAUUGAGAUUAAGAUUUGCAUUUUUUAUUGAGUAAAUUGUAGCAAUAGUCUCUCAACUUUAAUAAAAGGACUAGGAUUCUCUUC